UCCAGACUAUCAUAAUCAUCAUCACACACUCAGCAUCAGGUUUUUGAUCAGGGUUGCAAAUGGCAGUCACUACAAAUGGCAGCAGCACCAUAUCUGCAAGCCCAUUCUAUUUCCAGUCAGUCAAUCAUCCUGGCCACAUCCUCCAGAGUUUACAAGAUCUUUACCACGAGAGACGUUUCUGUGAUGUAACGUUAGUCAUUAACGAGCAAGAAUUCCCUGCUCACCGCAUAGUCCUGGCCGCCGGGAGUCCGUACUUCUCUGCCAUGUUCAAGAAUGACCUUAAAGAGAGUACUCAGACACGUAUCAGUCUUAAAGACGUCGAUCCACUUCCUCUUGAGUCACUCAUUAGCUUCCUUUAUUCCUCAAGCCUCGUAAUAACAGAGUCCAACGUGCAGGCACUCCUCCACGCUGCAUCUCUGCUAGGGAUAAUGUCAGUAGUAGAGGCUUGCUCUGAUUUCCUGUUGGCACGUCUCGAUCCAGAGAAUUGUCUCGGUAUGUACCAAUUUGCCGAUAUUCACGGUUGCUCCUCGCUAGCAGAAGCCAGCUGGAAAUAUGCAUUGGAGCAUUUUCGCGAAGUGAUGGAAUCCGAGGAAUUCCUUAGCCUCUCCUCAAUUCAUUUGCAAACCCUGAUACAGUCUGGUGACAUACAGAUACAAACAGAAGUCGACAUAUUGGACUCCGUGUUACUCUGGUACGGUCACGACAGGCCAGAAAGAGUAAGGCACCUGCCGUCCUUGAUACAGUACAUCAAACUGCCGCUAAUAUCUCAAUCUAUAUUACAAGAGAAAGUCCUCAAUGGUGUAUUCCCUCCUAACGAUCCAUUGCAUUCUCUAAUAGCUAGUCAACUCAAUGGUUUUCUAUCCUCUCAAACGACUGAUUUCGAUCCAUACCACCCACGUCAAUCCACUCGCCAUUCGCUUAUAUACAUGGUGGGUGGAGAGACUUUCCCUAGGACAACAGUAAACACUGUUGAGGAGUACGACCCGUUAAAGAAUACCUGGAGGGAGUUGGCUUCGGUUCAUAUAGCUAGACGAGGAGUAGGUCUUGGCAUUAUAGAUAACUUGAUCUAUGUGAUGGGUGGCUCUGACGGGCGUGAUGCACUCCGACUGGCUGAACGCUACGAUCCGAACCUUGAUAAGUGGACGAGAGUAGGAGACCUUAAUCAAGAGAGAAGCAGUGUAUCAGGUGCUGUAGUAAAUGGUGUCUUGUAUGCCGUGGGCGGUUAUAAUGGCUACUCCAGCUGUCUCAAAAGUGUCGAGAAGUACAAUCCGGAGUCCGACAGCUGGUCUUACGUGAGUGAGAUGAACAUUUCCCGCAGCAUGUCAGCCACUGCCGUCCUCAAUGACAAGUUGUACAUAUUUGGAGGCUAUGACGGGGCCUCUGACCUCUCUUCAUGUGAAGUAUACGACCCUUUGACUGAUAAAUGGACGCUCAUAGCGGAGAUGGGGUCUCCACGCUGUAUGUCCAGUGCCGGGGUCCUUGGCGAGACUCUAUAUGUAGUUGGAGGGUGUUACUGCUCCCGUAGUCUCGCUAUGGUUGAUUCUUAUGACCCAAACACGAAUAAAUGGACAUCAGUGAAUAGAAUGAUAGACGCACGCAGUGGAGUGGGGGUUGCUGUAGUAGGUAAUAAGAUGUAUGCUUUAGGAGGCUACACAGGAACUGAAUACUGUGUUACGGUGGAGGAGUUCUCUCAGUCCCUCAAUCAGUGGACGGUCGUGUCACAGAUGAGUAAAGGGAGACGUAGGUUUGGCUGUUGCUCUUGAUUUAUCUUUUAUUUGAAAUAAUUGCUAUUGAUAAUAUACACUACUACUACUAUAUUGUCUCACUAUUCAAUUUUGCUUGCAUAUAAUUAUUAUAGUUUUAUAAUUAAAAUACUAUUAUUUGAGUCCGGGUAUUUUUUUUAAUUAUUAUUAUUUAUUAUUAUUAUCAUAUGAUGCUCUUUGACAUUUCA